CUCUUCUGUUUCUAUUAAUAUAAUAAUGAUUAAUUCGUUGUUACAAUUCAGUAUAAUCGGCAAAUGAUUUAUUUAUAUUCUGUGAUAAAAACAAUUCUUCUUAAGUUGAAACCUUCGAGCAUAUGUUAAUAUGUUGGAUCAAAGCUGUUUUACUAAUAUUUGAUUUCAAUAACCGAGCGAGAGCAGGUUUUUGAACGCAUCCCUCCAUCCAAAUUAUGACGUAUGACGCAACUGAUUAGUGGUUUUGAGUGAAAGUUGUUUUGGAUUUAUAUUUGUUUUUAUUAGAAACAAAUAUUUUAAAUUGACAUAUUUUUUUGUAAAUGAUAUUUAACUAUAUACCAGCAUAUUAAUUAUCUUGAUAUAUUGUUACAAGGAUAGGUGCUUUGUGAUUAUUCCUCUUUGGCUCACAAUGUCAUCCUUUGGUAACCUCGAAGUUUCGGGAAUGGGUGUAAUUGACCAGUUGAAUGAAUUAUUUGGAAGUGCCUUACAUUUAGAUAUUAUUAAGUCAGUCGCUUCAUCAUGUGAUUUUGAUCUUGUAGAGUCGUCAAAUAAACUUCUAGAACUCACAGGCGUGUCAGAUAAAAGAAAAUAUGAAGAUACAGACAUGGACGAGGAAAUGUUUAUUAGUAAGGUAAAUUCCAAAAGUGGGGAAUCUUCCAUUCGUUUAAGCAAGACAGUGAGUUUCACAACACUUCCAAAGAAAUCAAGAAAAACCUUGGACUUUGAAGUAGCAGUGAAUCAAAUUAAUAAAGGUUAUAAAGUUUUGAUUUUGAUGAGGGGGUUGCCGGGUUCGGGUAAAAGUACAUUGGCUAAAAAGAUACUUGAACAUACUAUAGGCUUUGAUAUGAAUUACCACUUACACAUAUUAAGUACUGACGACUAUUUUUGUCAAAAUAGUCAGAACGUUUAUCAGUAUGAUGUAAGAAAACUCGAUGAAGCACAUAACUGGAAUCAGAAACGGGCUUUCCAAGCGAUGAGUAGAGGAUUUAGCCCAGUUAUUAUUGAUAAUACAAACGUUCAAAUGUGGGAAAUGAAAUCAUAUGCAACGAUGGCUAUAGAUUAUGGAUACCUUCUCUAUAUAAUUGAACCAGAUACACAUUGGUGUUUCAAUGAUAAAGAAUUAUUCAAACGGAAUACCCACGGUAUAUAUAGAGGAAAAAUAAAAGAUAUGCUAGAUCGGUACGAGAAAAAUAUUACUCCUGAAAAACUUUUAAGUGCUUAUAAUAUCGUUUAUAAACAUCAAAAGACACCACAAUUAAGAUUGUAUCCUCCGCCUGACUUUAAUGUAUCUAAAGACAAUAUUGGUAAUAAAAGUGGAACUUUUGUCAAAUCUACUAGCAUGUCAGUUUUAAGCAAUAAAACAGAAAAUAUCCAGAACAUAGAAAAUGUCAAUCUAAUGUAUUUUGACGAUGUUGAAGGUUGUCUUUCUACAAAAUCUCAACCAGUCGAUAAAAAUUUUAAUAGUGUCGUUUUAAAUAAUUAUUGCUCACAAAACGCAGUCGAUAAAAUACUUAUGUUUAAUGAUAAUAACCAAUCAACCACUGUUUUAAAACCAACAGCUACCGCUGCUUCUGUUGCUACCGAAAAAGAUAUCUUCAUAAUCAGUGAUGAUGAAGAUGAAGUGCCUAUGGAAAACGAUUUAUAUUCACGAGUAGAACACGCUUGGGGCAUAAAGGAGAGUUCAUUAAAAUCGUGGGAUAUCGUAUCUCCGAUAACUGAACCUUUUAAAGGCAAACAAAAUUUACCAGAAACAACUUUUGAAGAAACGAAAAACAUAGUAGAAACUAAUGAUAAUAGUACUAUGACAGAUAAUGAAUAUUUUAGACUUCUAAGUAAUGACAAAUUAUCUAGCGGAUUUUUCGGCGGUUUGGUAGUUCUCGAUACCGUGAAUCGCGACAUCAAUCAUUCAACUCCUAAACGAGAACCAAAUAUUUCAUUCAAAUUAACCUUGGACAAAGGCUGUAUGACCGAUGAUUUUUUUGAGGAUUUCGAGAAUCACAUCAGCGAACUAGAGAGUCUGUUUCCCAGUGUACCAAAAAAUCACUUGACUUAUUGGUAUAACAAAUGCAAAGGCGAUUUAGAGUGGACCAUUGAAUUCCUAUUAGAGGCUAAAGAUGAAAUAAUGACUCUGAUUGUAACGGACGAUUCAGAUAAUGAUAAAGCAGAAAGUUCCGACUCAAAUGCGCAAACAGUUGGUAGUAAUGAUAGCAAUAAAGUACAUAAAAUUACAAAAAAGAGAGUUAAAAAAUCCGGGAACUCAUCGUCGCCGGACGAUAAAGAAGAAAUAAAAAAACUUAUAGAAUCUAAAAUCGAUAUAGGAGGAGAGCAUUACUCGAAACAUUUGUUAAAGGUGAAAAAUUACAAGUCGAAAAACGAUUACACUAAUAGUAAUGCAUCUGAAAGUCAAAUAACCAUUAACGAACCAUCUACUGAAAGUCAAGUAAUUAUUAAUGGACCAUCUACUUCUAAAUGUAUAUAUCAAGAUAAUUCCGACGAAGUAAUUUCUAUAGACUCUGACAUGGAUUUUGAUGAAAUCGAAAUUGAAAAAGAAGCAGAAGAAACUGUAGAAUUGAAUCUAGGAGAACAUUUCGUAACCGAGUUAGAGAAAAAAUUUGCCGAUCCAAACAUUCAAUAUCCGAAAGGAUUUCAACCGGUAGUUCAAAUGCCCGUAGCUCUAGCUAAACAGCUCUAUAGUUUUUACAUAGAAAGCAUUUUCCAACAAAUGGAGAAUCAAGAACACGUAAUGGAAAGUUUGUUAAAAGAAGAUGAAGAGUUUGCUAGAAAGUUACAAGCUAGUGAACAAGAAGAAAUAAGUUCAACUGAGCCGAAUCAAAUACUGAGUUUGAAAGAAAUCCAAGAGGACCAACAAGCUGCCAAAAGAUUACAUCAAAGGGAAGUUGAUAAAUGGAAAGACUUAAAUCCAGAUACAUUGGCUGCUAAAUUAACGAAACAAAAAUUAUUUUCUAUAUUUCCAACUAUCGAUCAAGAUACUCUACUUGAAAUUUUACACGCUCACGAUGAUAAGUAUGUCGAUACAGUAGAAACAUUGCUCCUUUCUACAAAAUCAAAAAUUAUUCAAGGCUCGGAGGAACUGAUGAAAGAACCACCUAUCAGAGACGAAGUUUUAGAGGAAAUGAAAGAAGCUCAAAAAAGUAGUUCUUGUAAUGAAACCGCGGAUCCGCAGGAGGCCACCUAUUAUCGCGAGGAGGCCAAUAGAUAUUUAAAAAGGCGCGAAGACUUGUAUCAAAAAGCUCAAAAAUACCAUCAGAAAGGUAUGGCAGAAGUUGCACAAUUUUAUUCCGGCCUUGCCAGUUUGCAAACAACGUAUUUUGAUAGAUCAAACAGUUUGGCAGCUACUGCGUUUCUUGAUGAACACUCCAAACGGUUGCAGGACUUCAAUACUCUGGACUUGCACUUUCUUUACGUGAAAGAAGCGCUUCCGUCUUUAGACGUAUUUUUGGAUAGAAACAUAAACCUGUUAAGACAUAGUAGCAUAAAGCAAAGCGAAUAUUUGCAGAUCAUUACUGGUAGAGGAAAUAGAAGCAAAGAGGGUAUAUCUAAAAUUAAACCUGCAGUUAUAUCUCGGUUGCAUAAAAGAAAUAUUAAAUAUGUAGUUCUAAAUCCUGGUCUCCUAAAAGUUAAAAUUACCAAAAAUUCAUUAGUUACUAGUGAAUUUUCCACAUCUUAGCGUCGCCACAUACAACACUGAUGUCUGAAAUAUGGAUGAAAACAAUUUUAUUAAAACUCAUAUUUUAAUAAUGCUA